UGAUAAACCUUUAUUUUUUUUUCCAUAACGUGCUGCAUCCCUAAUGAUAAUUCUGAUUCUUUACACGUUAAUACACAGUUAUUGUGAUCGUUGUCAUUUAACUGGAUGUUUUGUCUAUGAAUUUUUAAGCUAUCAUGAUAUUUAUGGUUAUAAUGCAGUAAAUUUUAAUUAAUAUUCCAAUAUUUUAAUGAAAACUUGAGAAAUGGACAUUGCUAGUUUAAUUAAUUCAAUUUUAGCUGAUGAUGGCUAUAAUGCUCUUUCUGAAGAUACAAAGAGUAAAUUUGAACAAUAUUUGCAUAAAGCGUCACCUGUAACUCGUAACGAAAUCGGUAUUAACACAACUGAUGUUAUAGCCAAUCAAGAAAUUGAUUUCGAUUCUCUCAAUAAUAGUACAACUAUAAGAGAAACCAAAUUCCGGGAACUACAGAAAGAAGUUGAAAUAAUUAAUAAUCAAUUCAAAAAUGCAUUGACACAAAAACAUGAGCUCAUGUUAAACAAUGAAUCUUUAUUUAAAAGUUUACGUGAAGCUGAAACUAGGGAAAGGAUGACUAAAAUGGAUGAUGGUAUAUUGCAACUUAAAAUAAAUACAUUAAGUGAAAAUUUAAUGAAGUGUACACAAAGUUUAUCAGAUCUUGAGUCUAAGUACUAUAAAGACAUAAUGGAGUUAAAACCAGAAUUAGAUCAAAAAGAUGCUGAUAUUUUAAAACAGAAAAAUGAACUUCAUUUAUUACAAAUUAAGUGCAAUAAUCAAAAUGAUAUAAUUACUAUUCUAAAACAAGAACUUGAUGAUUUAAAUCAAAAUCAUAUAAAUGAAAUUGAUAAAAUAAAAAAGGAGUUGCAUUCUAGUCAAAGUUUAAUGAACCACUAUAAAGAAUGUUAUGAAAAUGAAUUGCAACAAACUAAAAAACUAACAACUGAUACAGUUAAAACUAAGGAUUAUGUAAAUACAUUGACAGCUUCAUUGGAUGAAUUUGAAUUGAAAUAUUCUAAACUUCUAGAUGAGUAUGAACAGUAUAAGUUUGAUACUAAAAGUACUACAAAUGCACUUAUUAAUAAAUUAGAUGCUGCAGAAGAUAUUGUUAAACAGUUACUUCCAGUUCAUUCAGAUAAUACAAAUUUCAUUAUUAAAAAGGGUACUACAAUUACCGAUGUGUAUGCUAUAUACAAAGAAACAUAUAAACAGUUACAAGAUACUAUUGAAAAACUAGAACUUAGUGAUUUCAACUUCAAGCUCUUAAAACAACAAAUAUUAGAUGAAGCUCCUGAUGUAGAUAAAUUAGAAAAAGAUUUGCAAGAAUCUAAUAAUAAAGUAAAAACGUUAUGUGAAACUGUUAUCAAACUUGAAUCAGAAUUGGAUAACAUAACUUCUAAAUUAAAAUCUGCCGAGGAAGAUUAUAAACAGUUAUUAAAUGAAAAUAAAAGACUUCAAUCCACUGAAGAUGAUCUAAGCAAACAAAUUUGUUUCUUAUUGCGUAACAAACAAUGUCAAGAACGUCAUGAAAAUCGUAACAUUGGCACUGAUAUGAGCCCACAAUCGUUAAUAUCGAAAAACUAUGUUACAUUUGAAAAUAUUCAAUCCUUGCAAAAUCAAAAUAAAAAACUUUUAGAAGCACUUAGAUCUUUAUCAAAUGCCAAUGAUGAACAAGAAGUAAAGCUGAUUUCAGAUUUAAGAGAUAAAAUAAAAAAAUUAGAAAAUAAAUUAGAAGAUCAAAUUAAAAUCAAUGUUCAACUUGAUGAAAAAUUAUUAAAAUCGCAAUCUCUUGACUUAAAAUCUAACUUCAAAAAUAUAUUACCUGAUGCCCAGGAAAAUCAAGAUUGUAAUAAUAUGGAUAAAAAUUUAGAAAAUAAUUUAGGAGAUAAUUUAAAAUUAAAAAAUAGUUUGGAAGAUGUAGAAAAUCAGUUAUCAUUAGCAAAUUUGACAAUUAAACAACUAAAUGAAAAACUUGAUACUAAUAAUAAUGCUUAUUCACUUUUGGAAGAACAUGUUCAAGGGUUAAAUCAACAAAUUGAUGAAUUAUUAAAAAAAAUUAAAGCAUCUAAUAUUAGAAAUUCUGAAUAUGCUAAAAAAGUAGAUGCAUUACAAAAUACUAUAAUAUCACUAGAACACAAAAACCACGAAUUAAAACUUGAUUUAGAAAAAAUGAAAACUGAGUAUAACAGUAUUAAAAAAGAAAAUGAUGGUCUCUAUGUUUCCAAUUUAAAUUAUUCACGUGAAUUAAGACAAAAAACUGAAUUGCAAAAAGACUUUGAAAAAUAUUUAGUAUCCCAACUAGAUUCAUUAAUUGUAAGCUGGGAUUCAACUUUGACUUAUAUUAUGGAAAAUGAUAAUGAUAAUGGAAAAUUCAAAGAUGACUAUAAGCAAUUAACAGUAACAUUACAAAAUGUUCGAGAUAAUUUACUUUCAAAAUUAGAAUUAUUUGAUGAUCUAAGUUCUCAUAGAGAAGCAUCAUUAUCCAGAUCUCGAACGAAUUCAUUUAGUGUAUGCUUAGAUGAAAGGACAAACUUCCAAAGUGUUGUUAACAAGUUGGAGCAUGAAGUUAAGAACAUGCGAUUAAAAUUAAAUGAAUCAGGUCAGCUAAAUAAUCAAUUAAAAUCAGAGCUGAAUGUUACUAAAGAAUUAUACAAAUCAUUAGAAGAGAAUUUGAAAAAAAUGAGUGACUAUUCAUCAAAAUUAGAGAAAGAACUAGAAAAUACCAAAAAAAAAUUUAUGGAAAAAGAUCAAUUGCUAUUUAAAGCGCGACAAGAACUCAGUGAAUUCAACUCAUUUCAAAAAAAUAAUAUUAUUAAGUUACAAAAUCAAUUGUCAGAUUAUGAGAAAAGCUAUUGUAAAAUGAUGGAAGAACUUGAAGCAACUAAAGAAAAUAAUGAUAAAUUAUCAAAAGAUAUUUCAAAUCUAAAUAUAGUUAUUAAAAAACUAGAAGAUGAAUUAAACACAGCAAAUAACAAUAAAGAGCGUAUGGAAAAAGGAUUAAGCCAUAAAAUAGCUUAUUAUAAAAACAAGUUAGAGAGAUUAGAUGCAUUAGAGUUAUUUAAUAGAACUAAAUCGGCGGAAAUUGAAGAUUUAAAAAAUCAAAAGUCUGCUAUGGAAAAUACUAUUACAGAAGUUAAAGAAAUUCAUGAAAAACAACUUAAUGAUUUAAAUAAUGAAAUAAAUACUUUAAAAGAUACUUUGAAACGUUGGGAGUUUGAAAAUAAUCUUUUAUCUGAGCAGUAUAAAUUGAUUACAAAUGAAUUAUCUAAUAUGAACACCAAUAAAAACAAAGAUGAAAGUUUAAAUUGUAGUUUAACCGAAUCUAUAAUUAGUGAUGUACAGUUUUCUAAAAUGACAAAGUUAAUAAAUAUUCUAAAAGAUGAAAAAAAUUCUACAAUUUUGGAGUUAAAUGAAACUGUCACUAAGUGUAAUAGAUUAAAGUCUGAAUUGGAGUAUAAAACUAAAGUUAUGAAUGAUAUGCAAGCACAAAUGAAAGAAAUACAAGGCUUACAUUCUACGGGGCCAAUUAUUGAUUAUAAUCAUUCUCAAAUAUUAGAAAAGAUUGAAUUUUGCAAUCAAGUUGUUAAAAGAAAUAAAAUCCUCGAAGAAGAAAACCAAACUAUCACAACUCAGUUAAAAGCAUUACAAGAAUUACAAGAAUUAAAGAAUAAUGAGCUUGCUGAAUUAAAAGUUGAUAUGUCUGGAAUGCAAAGUUUAAUUGAUCAGAAAACUGCUGAAAUUUUGUCAGCUCAAAAAACAAUUGCUAGGUGGAAAGAACGAUCAACAGGGUCACACUCUGAUACCGAGUAUAAACAAAUUUUGAAUACACUUGAGAGAGAAAAGGGUAAAAUGACCACUGCACUUGAACAACUGAAAUCUAUGAAGUCAGAUAAAUCGUCUCUAGAAGAAUUGUUAAAAAAACAAGAAAAUGAUCAUUCAGAAGAAGUGAAUUCUAUUAAGCAGGAAAUGGUGAAAUUAAAAACAAAAAUAUCUUCAAAUACAAAAAUUAUGGAAACAUUUAAAAAUAUUAUUAAAGCGUGCAAACAAAAAAUUGCAGAUGUUUCUUCAGAGAUGUCAAAGGUAAAAAUAUUAGCAAGGCGUUAUAAACAACUAAGUGAAGAAUUAAAUAAAACUUUAAGUACAGAGAGAAGUUCUUGGCAAGCUAAAUUUGAUGUUCUACAACAAGGUGGUAGUAGAAUUCCUAUUGAUCUUGAUGAACGUGAAAAACUCAUUGACCAAGGAAAACGAGAACAAAAGAAAGAAAGUGAAUCAAUUAUUAAUGAACUUACAGCUAAGGUUGCUGAAGCCGAAUCUAACUUAAAUACUGCUAAAUCUGAAAUAGAAACUACUAAAAACAACAGUCAAGAAAAAGAAAUGCGUGCUAAACAACUCUUACAACAAGUUCGGAGUAGAAUGUUAAAUCUUUCUAAAGAACUGGAUACAACUAAAAAACAUCGUGAUGGUUUGAUAUCCCGACUGGAUGAAGCUGAAAGAGGAGGCAAAAUACAAGGAUAUCAAAGUCAUAUUACAAAACUUGAACUUGAAAAUAGUAAACUAAUGUUGGAAAAGGAUCAAAUAACAGCUGAGAAAGACCGUUUAUCUCAUGAUAUACAAACAUUAAACCAUAGAGUAAAUGCUUUAAUGAGACAAUUCUCUAAUCAACAAGUAAAACCAUCUACUAGUUCAGGUUCUGAAAAACAAGUAGUUGAACCACCAACAGCAAAUAUUAAACCUUUAGGACCAGCUGUUAAUAAAACACAACCUGCCCACCAUUCUGUGACUGUUAAUCCUUGGCGAUCAGCUGCUACAGAAACUCCAUUAGCAAGUAUAAAACCAAUGACAAUGCAAUCCAGAAGUAUUGUAGUAUUACCCACUAGUCAAACAUCUUCAACAUCCAUUCAAAGUUCAAGUGGAACUAGUAGUAGUACAACAAUUGCAGUUCACCCACAACAACCUCAAUCUAUUGAUAUUAGCAGUAGUGGUAAUGCUUUAGAUUCAUCAGAAGCUAACAGUACAGCUCAAAGUCGACAUUUAACUAGUAGUACUUUAAUACAACACGCAGAAGGCUCUGAAUCUGCUGCUACAGUGUCAGAUUCUAAUGAAACCAUAACACCUCCAAUAAUAUCUCCACUACAACAAGUUAUAGGUAAUGCUGCUAGUCCAAGUGUUACCACUGCUCAAGCAAGCCCUGCAAUAAGUAUUGCUCUGGUAGUACCACAAGGUAGAGAGCAAGUUCAAACUACGGUAUCUCAACAAACCACUGUAUCAGUAUCAACUGUAUCUCCAUCACAAAGUCAAAUAGAUAGUGUGCAAAACGAGAACAGUCAGCCAAUGGAAAGCAGCAGCAGCAGCAGUAAUAAUAUUGCCAGUUCAUAGGCACCUGGCCCAUCAACAGAAUCAGAACCAUCAGUUAUAACUGCUGGAACUAGUGGUCCUAGUUGUUCCUCUCUAGAUAC